AUGGCCGAGGAUUGUGAGCAGCGUCCAAGCGUCAGCGCGAAUAUGGAAACCGUACCGCGAAAGCGAGACAACCACACGCCGAGUUGCGCGGUUUGCCAGCGCCGAAAGGUCAAAUGCGAUCGUGUCUUUCCAUGUGCUGCCUGUACCAAAUCAGGGCUCGAAUGCCACUUUCCGCCACCGGGCCGUCACGGGAAGAGGGCCAGGAGGAACACCAUCUACCAACCCGCAAACCAGGAACCUGCUCACGGACGCCAAUAUCACGGACCUCAUGCAUCGGAUCCCCUCACUACCGAUCGACCCCUUUCGAUCGGUCACUCAAGCGGCAUCAGAACCAGCAGUGAGUUACCUUCACCAGAGUCCACGCACAGUGCCGGCACCACUACCGCGCGGCUAGUCUCCGAUGGUGGUGGCUACCGCUAUGUCAACAACCAUCUCUGGAGCGCUAUCUCGACUGAUACCAACGUCGGCAACUCUGGCAGCCCUGCGACCAGUCCUGAGAACCGAAGACCUGGUUCAGCUACUGGAUCCCGCUCCGGGAGAGCGGGCAACGAAGAUGCAGAACGUCCAGACGGCAAUAGCAACAGACGAAGUUUUGUCUUUGGCGAUGGCCACUCACGCGCUCAGUCUGGCGCGGAGGACAUUCAGUUCCCGGCCACGCACAUCAUCUUCCUAUGGCAAACCUAUCUGGCCAAUGUCGACCCGGUGAUGAAGAUCACCCAUGCUCCUACAGUCCAACACAUCCUACUUGGGCAGAUAGGCAAGCCCAGCAUCCCCGCAAACGACCGUGCUCUGGUCUACGCCAUCUACUUCAUCUCUGUCGUCUCGUUGACCGACGACAAAUGCCGGGAAAAUCUUUCAGAAUCGCGCGACGACCUGAUACGCAAGUACAGGGAUGUCACCGAAGUUGCACUAUCUGCUGCCGGAUUCAUAACCAGUACCGACAUAAUGGUUCUCAGCGCCCUCAUACUGUAUCUCGCCGCCUUACGGAGUCUGGGCGAGGUCCAGACUGUAUGGUCAUUAUUCGGACUUGCCAUUCGCAUUGCUGGAACCAUCGGUCUGCCACAUGAUGGCAGUUCUUUCGGUCUGUCUCCCUUUGAGAUAGAAAUGCGUCGACGAUUAUGGUGGGGCAUUGUCUAUUUCGAUGGCCGUAUGGCCGAGCUGGUUGGCCAGGAUGGCGACUUGAUGGGCAACGACUACGAGGCCCAGUCGCCCGCAAAUCUAAACGAUAGUGACUUGUUCCCGACGAUGGCGCGACUGCCAGAUUCCCGGCGAGGACCAACAGAAGCGAUCUACCUCCAGGCAAGGAUCUUGAGCGUGACGGUUGCGCGGAGCUUGCAAAGUAUAACAGGGCCACAAGGCACUUGGCAUCGGCUGCAGGAAGCCACGAUGUCGACAUCUGAGAAGCUUGAGAUCAUGCAGCGUAUCGAGCAGCGAUACAAUGAAGAGAUACUUGAGCCUUGUGAUCCUACUGUGCCUUUGCAGUGGUUAAGCAUACAUACGGCUAGAACCUUCUCCACUAAAUUGCGGCUGAUUGCCCGCAUCCCCAUCGUCGAUCUUGAAGGGGAGUGGGAGAGUGCAGAUGGAUUCUCCGAGAAUGCGUUCCUGCUGAGCAUGGACCUCUUGCAGCUCCAGGUCGAUCUGUGGUGUGAGCCGAUGGUCCAGCAAUGGCGCUGGCAUUGGCAAGCCCAUUUCCAGUGGUAUGCAUUAGUCUGUCUGUUGCGCCAGACUCGCCUGCGUCAAGCGGGAUCCGGCAUAUCCAGAGCGUGGACCUUGAUACAGAAGGUGUUUCAAAUCAUCAUUCCGACCUUGGAGCUGGGACCUAGAAAAAGUCUCUUGCUGGAUGGCAUCCAUAGUCUUCUCUCUGCAGCCAAACGGCAUCAGGACCAUCCAGCCAUGUCGGAUGACGACGCGAGACCGAUGCUUGAGCAGCAGCAGCUCCAGCAGACUACCUUGCCCAUGGCGCCAAAGUUUAACCCAAUGAAUGGGUUCAGCACCGGAUACGGAUCACGACCUCAUUCUGCCCUCCUUCCAGAAAUGGGAAACAGUCAGGUGCCAACACCGCCCUCCUUCGGACGAAGUGGUGGGGAAGAGCACGGCGAUCCUGUGCUUGGCUUCGAUCUCGACGCUAUUGAUUGGGUUGAGUUCGAUCGACUUGCUUCUGAACUCUGCCAACAAUGA